CCCCUCCCCACUCUGAUGCAAAAACCCUGCAUCACCCAUCACCUGGAGGCUCAAUCUCCAACACAGGUGUCAUGGAAAGACUUACCUGGCUGCCCUUUGCGCACCCAGGUGUUAAUCCCCCCACCUCCCUCUCCGCACAACUGUGAUUGGGGUGCCUUCUUCGCACCCAGCUCCUGCUGCAUUUCAUGUGAUCCUUGUCGAGAUGCUGCUAAUCCCGGCCUCUUUUGUCUUGUCUGCACCUGGAGGGUCCCCGGGUCCCUCCCCUCGCUGCUGGAAAAGGUUGCCCGGAAGGGAAGGGUGCCUUCGCCUCUCCAGAUGGGCUGCUCUGGUAUAAAAGGGGGCUGGCAGAGAUGUGGAGACGCAGACAGGAGGAGAGAGAGACAGAGAGAGGAAGAAGACACAGAGGAAGGACAGAGCAGGAGCAUUGCGGACCAGGGCCCCUGUGCUUUCCCCCUGAAGAUGUUGACCCGCCAGUACCACAGCCUCUUGGCCAUGCUUGGAGUCCUGGCCAUCCAUUUGGUGGCAGGGGACCGCGGACCCUGUUUGGACGGAGGGUGGUGCCAGGACAUGGCAACGGAGGCAGAGCUGAUGGAGUGCCUCCGAGCCUGUAGAGACUCGCUUUCCCUCUCCGACGAGACCCCCAUCUACCCAGGCCACGGCCACAUGAAGCCCCUCUCGGAUGACCUCCGGAAGUACGUCCUGAGCCAUUUCCCAUGGGACAAACUAGGCAAGAGCGGUGAGGAUGGAGAGUCCACUGCCGUGGUCCUCCCGGCGUCUUCCCAAACCCAAGAGACCUGGGAAGGGGACCUUGUCGGCGACUCUUCCCUCGAACGGGAGGACGGCAAGCGGUCCUAUGCCAUGGAGCACUUCCGCUGGGGCAAGCCGGUGGGCCGGAAGAGGAGGCCGGUCAAGGUGUUCCCCAACGAGGAGGCCUCCACAGAGAGCUACCCACAAGAGUUCCGGCGAGACCUGUCUUGGGAGACCCCCGAGGGCCACUCCGAGGAGCCGGACGAGACCAAGAAAGAUGGAUACAAGAUGAACCACUUCCGGUGGGGGGCCCCAUCCCCAAAACGGAAGCGUUACGGCGGGUUCAUGAGCUCCGACCGUAGCCGCAUGCCCUUAGUGACUCUUUUCAAGAACGCCAUUGUCAAGACGCCAUACAAGAAAGGCCAAUAAGAGCGGGAGGGGAGUCGGGGUGCCCAGACGCCCCACAUGUAGAAUAUCUCUGGCCCAUAAUGUCAUUUAGAUACUGUUAACGGAGACCAUUUCUUUACAUUGUUCUUACUUGUUCUUGAUAACCGAGGGAGUGACUGUUUGAUGUUUGGCGUCCCAGGGUGCAUCUACACAGUAGAACGAAUGCAGUUUGACACCACUUUUAACUGCCAUGGCUAAGUGCUAUGGAGCCCUUGCAUUGAAAGGGAUGUGCUCUCAGAAAGAUAAAGUUCUGCCACAAACUUCCAUGGAUUCAAGUCUAUUUCAUCAUCUACACCGUAGAGUUAAAGCAGUUUAUAACUGCCUUAUCUCAAUGCAGUGGGAUCCUGGGAGAGCCCUUGGGCAGUGAAGGCAAAACAGCUCAUUAAACUACAACUCCCAGGAUUCUGUGUUGGUUAAAGUGGUGUCAAACUGCAUUGUUUCUACCGUGUAGACGCACCCCUGGCUUUGAAUGCACAAAGUAAAUGUGGGGCGGCAACGUGGAAAGGGGUAGCUAGCUAUCUUUUGCAAAGGCAGAGUAUUUUCAUAUUUUCAACCAGCUGUACUAUACUGUAAAUGAAGGAGGUUCAAAGAUAUAUAAUAAGACUAAUGACAAUACAUCUUUUGCAAGCUAAACAGGCCUCCGAGGUUUUU